AUGACUGCACUUCGGAGAGCCAUCGCUCUCAACGCCGUCGCCGGCCCCAGGCUUCAGGCUCAAAGACUCCUCGCCGGCUCACGAUCUCUUCCCGCCGCCGUCUCUCAGUUCCGUGCCUAUACCUCGUCUCGCCCGCUGCGGCAACACGCCUUCCAGUCGCAGCUCGACAGUGUCCCGAACGCCUUCGACUUCCUCUCCUCCCCGAAGCCUGCCGGACCGGUCAACCCCCAGACCCUCACCGAGAAGAUUGUCCAGCAACACUCGGUCGGUCUCGCUCCCGGAAAGAAGGUCAGGUCCGGCGACUAUGUCACCAUAAAACCUCACCACUGCAUGACCCACGAUAACACGUGGCCCGUCGCUUUGAAGUUCAUGUCAGUGGGAGCCACCAAGAUCCAUGACAACCGCCAGGUGGUGUUCACCUUGGAUCAUGACGUGGGCAACAAAUCCGAGGCAAACCUCAAAAAAUAUAGCCUGAUUGGGGAUUUUGCUCGCCAACAUGGUGUCGAUUUUUAUCCAGCUGGUCGAGGUAUCGGCCACCAAAUAAUGGUCGAGGAGGGCUAUGCUUGGCCCGGUACUUUAACAGUCGCUUCCGAUAGCCAUAGCAACCACUACGGAGGUGUUGGAUGCCUUGGCACGGCUAUUGUUAGGACCGAUGCCUGUUCUGUAUGGUCGACUGGACGUACGUGGUGGCAAGUUCCCCCCAUCGCCAAGGUCACUUUUACCGGUGUCCUUCCCGUUGGAGUCAGUGGCAAAGAUGUCAUCCAAGCCCUUUGCGGUCUCUUCAACCAGGAUGAUGUUCUUAACCACGCUAUCGAAUUCGCCGGCUCCGAACAGACAAUGAGAAGCAUCCCUAUCGAUGAUCGCUUGACCAUUGCUAACAUGACUACGGAGUGGGGUGCAUUGAGCGGUCUAUUUCCCAUCGACGACAUGCUCGUCUCCUGGCUCCGCGCCAAGGCCACCACGGAAGCUAUGAAGGACCCCAACAGUGCCUCCAGCAGCCGCCUAAACCACAAGCGUAUAGACGAGCUGAUAGAGAGCCGACUCGCCGCCGAUGCUGGUGCCACAUACGCCAAGGAAAUAUAUUGCAACCUUUCGACCCUGUCCCCCUUCGUCUCUGGUCCCAACUCCGUCAAGAUCGCUACCCCUCUGAAGGACAUCGAGGCCCAGAACAUCCCUAUUAACAAAGCUUACCUAGUCUCUUGCACCGCAGCGCGCUUUUCUAACAUUAGUGCCGCUGCUUCUGUCUUCCGCCAGGCCGCCAAGGACGGUAAGCCCGCCAAGAUUGCUCCCGGUGUCAACUUCUACAUUGCUGCCGCCUCAAUUGUUGAACAGGAGGCUGCGGAGGAGGCAGGAGACUGGAAGGUCCUGGUCGAUGCUGGUGCCCAAGUUCUAACAUCAGGCUGUGGACCUUGCAUCGGUCUCGGGACCGGUCUUCUAGAGCCGGGUGAAGUUGGCAUUUCAGCAUCCAACAGGAACUACCCUGGCCGGCUUGGGUCGAGAGAAGCGAAUGCCUACCUCGCGAGCCCCGAGGUCGUUGCUGCCAGCGCCCUUCACGGCAAGAUCGCCGGUCCCGGCUGGUACCAGAAGCCCGAGGGUGUCGAAAAGGUCAUCAUCGGCGAGGGCAGCGGUGAUUACGUCGCUGAUAAGGCGCUGUCCAUUGAGGAUGCCCUGGAUAAAAUCAUCGCUGAAGCUGAGAGCAUGAUUGCCGUGGCCGAGCAAGACGGGGCUGGCGAACAAUCCGAGGCAGCUGUUGCCCCCGCUGACGAGGAGAUCCUUGCCGACAUCCUCCCCGGCUUCCCUGAGAGGAUUGAGGGCGAGAUCGUCUUCUGCGAUGCAGAUAAUAUAUCGACUGACGGCAUAUAUCCUGGAAAAUAUACGUACCAGGACGGUUUGACCAAGGAAGACAUGGCAAUGGUGUGUAUGGAGAACUACGACACCGAAUUUCGCACCACCACCAACCCUGGCGAUAUCCUCGUCGCAGGAUUUAGCUUCGGCUGUGGAUCGAGUCGCGAGCAAGCAGCCACGGCCAUCCUAGCCAAGCAGAUCCCGCUCGUCGUCUCCGGCAGCUUCGGCAACAUCUUCAGCCGCAAUAGCAUCAACAACGCCCUCAUGGGCCUCGAGGUGCCCCGCCUCGUCGAGCGCCUCCGCGAGGCGUACAAGGAGGACACCGACAAGCCUCGAACCCGCCGCACCGGUUGGAAGCUCGUCUGGGACGUCCGCCGCAGCAAGGUCGUCGUCACCGAGAAGGAUGGCAAGACCUGGGAGCAGAAAGUCGGAGAGCUUCCCCCGAACGUGCAGGAGAUCAUCGCCCGCGGCGGCCUCGAGAAGUGGGUCAAGGCUGAGAUUGGGGCGUAG